AUGAAAUUAAUUUAUACAAUUAUCUAUGAUGAUUUUUUUCGUUUAUUUAUUAUAACAUCACUUGUAUGUGGAUUAGAAUUUUGUACAGCAUCAGCAUUUACUUAUAUUCCACCACUAUUACUCAAAGCUGGAAUAUCUGAAUCAUCAAUGACGUGGUUAAUGGGUUGUGGUCCUUUAUUAGGUUUCCUUCUUUGUCCAGUUAUUGGUCAUGCUAGUGAUCAUUGUCGAUCUCGUUUUGGUAAACGACGUCCAUUUAUACUUGGAUUUUGUUUAACAAUUAUUUUAUGUCUUAUACUCAUUCCACAAAGUGAAGCAAUUGGUGAAAUUAUUCAAGCACCAAAAAUAGGUAUUGUUCUGUUAGCAAUAACUUGUGUUCUAUUUGAUUUUGCUGCUCAAGCUUGUUUUAAUCCAUGUGAAUCAUUAAUUUAUGAUGUUUGUAAAGGUACAUCACAAGAAUCUUCAUGUUUUUUUGUUUAUUCAUUUAUGACAUCAUUUGGUGGAUGUCUAGGUUAUUUAAUAACAGCAACUGAUUGGAGUGAAUCAUUUCUUGGGAAUUAUAUGCAAGGACAGGAAAAAUUAACAUUUAUUAUUAUUCUUUUAUUUUUUUCAAUUACACUUUGUUGUACAUUAAUAUCAGCGAAUGAAAAAGUUCCAUCGUUUAGUGACUAUCCUGAUGAACCAUUUACUGAUACUCAUAAAUGGACUUAUUUGUCUCCUAUAAAAUUUAUAAAAAAUAUUUUUUCUACAAUAUCAAAUUCAGUUAGAACUAUUAUUACCAUGCCAUUUGUUUUACGUCGUUUAACAAUAGCUGAAUGUUGUUCAUGGUCAGCUAUAAUGACAUUUAAUAUAUUUUUUACGGAUUAUGUUGGUCAAACAAUUUAUAUGGGUGAUCCAAAUGCAGACGAAUCAUCAGAAGAACGUUUAAGAUAUGAUCAAGGUAUACGUGCUGGUUCAUAUGGUUUACUUUUUCAUUGUGUUGUUGGUGCAAUUUAUGCACCAUUACUUAAACCAUUAAUAAAUCAAUUUGGAAUUCAUUUAACAUUUUCAUUUGGUAUGUUUGUUUUUGCUAUGUCUAUGCUUAUUAUGUAUAUAUCAAGAAAUAUAAUUAUUAUUAAUAUUAUGGCAUCAUUAUCCGGUCUUGGUAUGGCAUCAUUAACAUCAAUACCUUAUACACUUAUUAUGAUGUAUCAUGCUAAUAGAGAAACUUACUUUGCUGAUAAUCAGAAAAUACAAACACAUGGCAUAGGUACCAUAUUAGGUAUACUUGAUAGUACAUAUUUUGCAUCACAAAUUCUUUCAUCAACAAUAAUGGGUUACAUAAUGUUAAUAUUUAAAUCGACUCUUUCAUAUAUUAUAACAAGUUUUAUACUUGCUAUUUGUUCUAUUUGUUUUAUUAAUCGUAUUGUGAUAAAUCGUCACCAACUACAGGAGUUAAUCCGUAGCGGUAAAUAA